AUGUCACGACGAAGUGACCGUUCUCACAGACACAGUCGUUCCAGCAGAUCUCACCAAUCUCAACAGGACGACAUUCCCAUUGAUCCCAAUCUGACUUCCGAAGCCUCAUACCCUGGAUAUACUGAUACCCAGGGCUUUGCCUCGUACAGCCAAGCUGGUCCAAGUGUAUACGCAACAGCCUCGAGUACUCCAGAGACUCAGGAUCCAAGCAUGUUGUAUUACAUGACGCAGCAACCUGCAACUGUCAACCCCAAUGAGGUUUUACUGAGUUCAGGGUCUGGUUAUGCAACCCAUAAUUACCCCAGCUCCUAUCCAACUGCCGAGCCUACUCAACCGGAAGCUUCAUCGUCUACAGCCCAGGUUACCACUCCGCACCACUGUUCAGAAUGUGACCGCUUCUUCGGCGGUAACAGAGACCUAAACAAACACAUGAAAACUCACAACAAGCCUGUCAAAUGCAAAGCCGAUCCCAACUGCAACGUCACCAAGGCAGAGCAGCGGGACAUGGAUCGCCACUACCGAACUUCUCACAGAGCCUACGCGGCGAGCAAGGGUAUCCUCACCGAGGAGAGGAUCUGCGGGUUUGAGGGGUGUACUUCAAAGUUUACGAGGCAGGACAAUCUGCUCAAGCAUUGGAAGAAGUUCCACAACUACGAACAGUAACGGAACAGCCGUUGUUCUGCUUUCUUUUCUCCUAUAUUUUACUAGCAUAUGCGGUUUUUUCCAUUGUUCGUCAUCUGUCUCCUGAUUUCAGGUGUUCUUUUGGCCAGCCUACCCUGCCAUGCCACCGUAGCGGGCAAAGACGGGGGAUCGCUUGAGAAGCGAGUACGGGACCACGUACACACCAAUUUAUUCACUCAUUAUUUGGUAUAGUUGUGGUUAUAUAGAUGGAGAG